AUGAUUGUCAGCGAGGGGCCCAUACCGUAUCCCAAGUUGGCGGCAGUUCGGACACUGCUCCCUCUGGGCAUCAUCGCCGCCUCCGCCGUGACCCGUAUCCCGCCCAUCAAGCGUGCUCUCGACUGGGCCUUCACUGAUACCUACCCCCUCUCAGCUGUCCCCAGCAAUGUCGAACCCGCCGUCGCCGAGCGCAAGGCGGCCCAGUUUGCUCCUGCGGGCUUCUUGCAUCCCCUCCUCGGCUUCCUGAGCGGCAUGGAGCUGCUCGCGUGGACCAUCGUGUUUGGCGAUGAGCUUGCACUUGCUAUCAACACCAGUACUGUCGACCUCAAGACCGCCCUUCUCGCCGGUGGCAUGGUUAUUGUCUGGUUAUUCCUCACUGUGCGCACGGUUGUUCACCCACCUGUGACUCCGCCCGGGUCGUCUUUGUUAAUCUAUGCCGUGCUGUGCGCUUACAGCGUCGCCGUGUGGAUUGACGUUGGCAACGCCCGUCUCGCCAAUGGCGAGUUCCCCGUGUGGGCAACCCAGCAGGCGCUCAUAUUCGAGACUGCCAACCUGACAACGACUCUGAUGUUGGUCCUGCUUGCGAGCCAGCUUCGCUUUAGCUCGCCCAUCGUGCUUGCUCGUGCUCCCCAGCUGGGCAUGGACGACACUGCGACGUUCUGGCAGUGGAUCACCUUUUCCUGGGUGUCCUCGUUCAUCAAGUACACUGCAAGCAACGAGCUUACGCCCGAGGAGCUCCCGAAGCUGUCGCCUACCCAACAGACUGCCAACACCUUCCGCUUGCUGCAGGAUGUGGUCGCCAACACCCUGCUUCGGAAGCUUGCCCUGGCCAACCGCUUCGACGUGUUCGUCGACCUUAGUCUCACAUUCGUCUCCGUCUGCCUGAACUACCUGUCGCCAUUCUUCCUUGGCAAGAUCCUCACUGCCAUCAGCCAUCACCGCAAUGGUCACGACGGUGCCCUUGCUCAGGCCUACACUUUUGCAUUCCUGGCAUUCCUCGCUAGCGUGUCCAAGUCUGUUUUCGACCUGAUUCACCUCUGGGCGUGUCGCCGUGCUUCUGUGCGUAUCAAGGGCAGCCUCAUUGCUGCUCUCUGUGACAAGGCCCUCCGUCGCAAGGAUGCUUCGGGUGUCAUCAACCCCAAGGAGGAGGAGACCAGCAAUGUCUCGAAGGACGGCAAGGACGUUGCCAAGGAUGGAAAGGAUGGAAAGGACGGCAAGGAGGAGAAGAAGACCAACGCCAACGCCGGCAAGGUCGUCAACCUCAUGUCUGGUGAUGCCAACCGUAUCGCAAUGACUGUGUCCUUCCUCAACAUCAUCUACGCGAACCCCAUCGAGAUCACUGUCGCCUGUACUCUCCUUUACGGUCUCCUGGGGUGGUCUGCGUUCGCCGGGGUCAUUGCCGUCGUGAUCGCCACUCCGAUAAACUCUUGGAUCUCGCGCCGUGCCGUCGGGAUCCAGAAGGACCUCCUCAAGGCUCGUGACAAGCGUAUUAACGUGAUGAAUGAGCUCAUUGGCGCUAUUACUUUUAUCAAGUUCUUUGCGUGGACAGAGAAGUGGGAGAAGCGCGCCUCGGACGCGCGCAAGGGCGAGCUCAAGCAAAUGAUUCGAUCCAUCUUGAACAACCUGAUGUUCUCGCUCCUCUGGUCGCUUGUCCCCAUCAUGGUCUCACUCCUCUCAUUCUUCUGCUUCAUUGUCAUCGCCAAGGAGAAGCUCACCGUGGCAAUCGCUUUCGAGUCCAUUGCGCUCUUCAGCAUGCUUCGUAUGCCUCUCAACUCGAUCCCCAUGUUCAUUGUCUGGAUCCUCCAGUCCAAGGUUGCCCUGGGUCGUAUCCAGUCCUUCCUUGAAGAGGAGGAAGUGCCUGACUGGGUGUCGUCGCUCAAGCGUCACGAGGCGCCGAGCAGCGACAGCAAGAUUGGCUUCACCAAGGCCACCCUCAGGUGGAACGCUGGUGACAAGGACAAGACCGAGAAUGGCCAGGCUGGCGAGAACGGCAAUGGCAACGGUGCAUCGUCACCUGAUGCCGAGGGCCCCGAAUCUUCUUCGGUCGAGUCUGUCCCCGAGGUGUUUGAACUGUCAAACGUUACUGUCGAUUUCCCACUCGGAAAACUGACUGUGGUCACUGGGCCUACGGGUGCGGGUAAAACCGCCAUCCUCACCGGUCUUCUUGGCGAGAUGGACAUCGUCCAGGGUGAGACCCACCUGCCCAAGUACCUUACUCAAGUCGAUCACACCACCGGUCUCCGUAACUCUGUGGCGUAUGCUGCGCAGACGCCAUGGCUUCAGCAAAAGACUAUCAAGGACAACAUUCUGUUUGGCGAGCAGGUCGACGAGGAGCGUUACGAGGCCUGCGUUGAUGCCUGUGCCCUUCGGACCGACUUUGACAUUCUCGAGGACGGCGACCAGACCGAGAUCGGCGCAAAGGGCGUUUCUCUCAGUGGUGGUCAAAAGGCCCGAGUCGCUCUUGCGCGUGCCGUCUACUCGUUUGCGCAACACGUGCUCCUGGACGAUCCUCUGGCCGCGGUGGACUCGCACACGGCCAAACACCUCGUGGACAAGUGUCUCAACGGGCCGUUGCUCAAGGGCCGCACAGUGAUCCUGGUCUCUCACCACCUGGACCUGCUCCUUCCGACGGCCGACUACAUCGUUCGAAUCCUGGACGGUCGCGUGGACUGCCAGGGUGCGCCCGAACACCUGCGCGAGACCGGCGACCUCGACGGCGUUGUGGCAGUUGAGGAGGCUGAGGUGACCAAGCUGGAGAUUGUGUCUGCCGACAAUGUCGUCGACGAGAUUGAAGGCGAGGAGGACGACUCCAAGAAGACCGAGAAGAAGAAGGGCCCAGGUCGCAAGCUCGUCAAGGACGAGGAGCGUGCCGUCGGCAACGUCAAGUGGCACACCUACAAGCUUUACAUCCAGGCGUCGACCUACAUCACGCUGGUCUUUUGGGUCAUCACCUUGGUGCUCUCGCAGUUGAACGCGGUUGCAGAGUGGUUCUGGCUUCGUGUCUGGGGCGAAGCGUACAACACUCAGGUCACCAACUUCUUUUCGUUUGGAUACGCCAACAGCCUGCCCGACAAGCAGCUUUCUACCGACUACCACCACCACUUUAUCUACCACUCGCAGAACAAUGUCACUGCCGCUCCUGGCUUUGUCGUUCAGGGCGCGGACGUUGGUUCCAUCGCCAGCCUGCCGUCUGCGGACACCAACCCGGGCUUUUACCUCGGCGUGUACGCUGCGAUCAUGCUUGGUUCUGCUUUCGUCAGCAUUAUCCAGUCGAUUGUCGGCGCAUGGGGCGGAUACCGUGCCGGCAAGACUCUGCACGACCGUCUUCUUGACUCUGUGAUUCAUAGCACCAUCCGCUUCUUCAACACGACGCCGCUCGGCCGUAUUCUCAUUUUCCCUUUCAUGGACUUCAUGGAGACCAACACUGACGCCGCAGACCGUUUCUCCAAGGACAUUGAAACCAUCGACACACGCCUCAGCGGCAGUUUGCGCACUGUGGCAGUCUACGGUGCCGCCCUCCUGGUCCGCCUGGGUGUCGUCGCCUACAUCGUCCCGUCUUUCCUCAUCCCUGCGGCCUUUAUGAGCUACCUGUACUACAGCUACGCCCUCCUCUACCUCCGUGCCGGUCGCAGCUUCCGUCGUUUGGAGGCCACGUCCAACUCGCCCAUCUUCAGUGGUUUCGCCGAGCUCCUCGACGGUGUCAUCACUGUCCGUGCCUUUUCCGCCGAGUCGCGCUUCUUCGAGACCAUGUGUGUCCAGGUCGACCAGGCUCUGUCGGCGUUCUACUACUACUGGAUGUCCAACCGCUGGCUCAUGGUCCGCAUCGACGUGCUCGGCGGUGCCAGCGUCUUUAUCACCACCCUGAUGGUUCUCCGCGCCGCCACGACCGACGGUAGCGCAGGUGUGGCCAUUUCGGCUGCGUCCGGUCUCGUCCAGUCGUUCUACUGGCUUUCGAGGUUCUGGGGCGAGAUGGAGAUGGACCUCAACAGUGUGGAGCGUGUCGAAGAGUACUUGAACAUUCCUCAAGAGCCACCCUCGGUCAUCGAGGGCAGCCGCCCGCCUGCCUACUGGCCCUCGUACUCUACGACCGAGAGCUUUAUCAGUGCCCAGGACCUCGAGAUCAAGUACUCGCCCGAACUGCCUACCGUCUUCAAGGGAUCGUUUGACAUCAAGGCUAGUGAGAAGAUUGGUCUCAUUGGACGCACUGGAUCGGGCAAGAGCACCCUGGCUAUGAGUCUGCUUCGCUUCACCGACCCAGCUUCCGGCAAGCUCUUUAUCGACGGUAUUGAUGUCACUUCGAUCGGUGUCGACGACCUGCGUUCGCGUAUCACGUACAUUCCCCAGGACGCCGUGCUUUUCUCGGGUACUGUGCGCGACAACCUUGACCCCUUUGGCGAACACACCGAUGCCGACCUUCUCGAUGCUCUCGAGCGCGUCAACCUCGUUGCUGACACUGCACCCGCAAGCCGCAUGGGUAGCCGCCCCGAGAGUGGUGCCGCGACCCCGGUGCUCAACAAGUCGGCACCGACACACCCUCGUCUUGUGGCGAUUGCGGCUGAGAAUGCUGCCGACGACAGCGCCAGCGGUCGUUCGUCCGGCCUCCACACGCCCCGUCUCCAGAUCACACUCGCGUCCGAAGUCUCGGCCGGCGGCACCAACUUCUCCCAAGGCCAACGUCAGCUCGUGGCCAUGGCUCGCGCGCUGCUUCGUCGCUCCAACCUCAUCAUUAUGGACGAGGCGACUGCGUCGGUUGACUUUGCGACGGACGAGGCUAUCCAGCAGGCCAUCCGGUCCGAGUUCAAGGAGAGCACCCUGAUCACCAUCGCGCACCGUCUCAGCUCGAUCAUCGACUAUGACCGCCUGCUUGUGCUCUCGGACGGUGGCGUUGCCGAGUUUGACACUCCCAUGAACCUCCUCCGCAAGGACACGUCGCUGUUCAAGAGCCUGUGCGAAAAGUCCGGCAAGUACACGCAGCUGUACAAGGCGGCCGAGCGCAAGGAGAAGCAGCUCAAGGGUGAAGUCGAGGUGGAGGCGGAGGCGUCUCCUGCGUCGGUCGACUGA